AUUUAAUAGCUUUGUACGGUAUUCAGCUUUCAUAAGAAAAACAAGCGAACUAUCGGUCACUAUUAUGAGCUUUCCGGCAAAGCGUUCUUUUUUUCAAAAUAAAAGCACGACUAUCUGAUUUUCUAACUUUUAUCAGCAAGUUGCUCACGAGUUGUCUGAAAGUUCACUGAAUGAAGUUAAGAGCCGACUUUUAGUCAUUUAGUAUUCUGGAGUCCAAAGUUUGACGAACCGUCAUGACAGAGCUGAGCGGCAAGGUCCAGACAGUCCUGGGUCUGCUGGACCCGGACCAGCUAGGUCGCACCAUGACCCACGAGCACCUGACGAUGACCUUUGAGUGCUGCUAUGUACCCCCGCCGCCGGAGAACCGGCAAACAGACAAGAAUCCCUUCCAGUUGUGUCAUGGGCACUGGCUGAGGCAGAACCCAUACAGCUGCCUCGAGAACCUGUUUCUCUGCCAGGAGACAGAGGCGGUGCGCGAUGAGCUGCUGGCUUAUAGGAAGGCGGGCGGUGGGAGUGUGGUGGAGAACACCACCACGGGCAUCGACCGGGACAUGUCCACCCUCAGGAGGCUGGCUAAGGAGACGGGGGUCAACAUCGUGGCGGGUGCCGGUUACUAUGUGGACUGCACACACUCGGAUGACAUGAGGAAGAUGAGUGUGGAGAAGCUGACGGACGUCAUCGUGGGCGAGGUCCUCUACGGCGCAGACGGCACGGACAUCCGCUGCGGUGUGAUCGGCGAGAUCGGCACUAGUUGGCCCAUCACGGACAGCGAGAGGAAGGUGCUGCGGGCGGCGGCCCACGCUCAGUCCCAGCUCGGUUGCCCCGUCAUCAUCCAUCCCGGCCGCAAUGCCGCCGCUCCCGCCGAGGUCGUCCGCAUUCUCCAGGAGGCGGGCGGCGACAUCUGUAAGACGGUCAUGUCGCACCUCGACAGGACCAUCUUUAAUCACGCUGAGCUGCUGGACUUUGCCGAGAUGGGCAGUUACCUGGAAUACGACCUGUUUGGCAUCGAGACGCUAAACUAUGUCUUCAACAUGGACGUGGACAUGCCCAGUGACAGCCAGAGAAUCAACAACUUGGCCUUCCUGGUCAAAGAAGGCUACGAGGACAAGAUCGUGAUCGCGCACGACAUCCACACCAAAGACCGCCUGUGCAAGUACGGCGGCCACGGGUACUCGCACAUCCUGCGCAACAUCGUGCCCAAGAUGCUGAAGCGGGGCAUCUCGCAGAUGCAGGUGGACAAGAUCCUGGUGGACAACCCCAAACGUUGGCUCACCUUCAAAUGAAGCAUCCGGGGUGGGGUCGAGGGGAGUGGGGGGGGGGCAGGCAGGUUUUCAUUUGUUUCAUGAAGCCAUCAUGAUUAUUUUUUUCUGAUUUCCUCGUGAGAUGAUGACCCUAAACCUAAAAACAUCAGUCAAAACAUCGAAAUUCCAAAACGUGGAACUUCAAGUUCUCUGCCUUUAUAUUAAAUUGAAAUAAAAUUAGGCAAUGGUGGAGAUUAAAUACACUUAUUUUACAUAUUCCAUUUUGAUUAAAAAAAAAAACAAUGAAAAAAUUCCCACAACGAUUAGUCAUAUAUUUUUUUUUAAUUAGAGCUCAUUUAUUCUUUUUCGCUCAAUCACCGCAUCGCCAGAAUAACUUUUCAGGAAAAUGAAAUCAAUUUGUUGAGCCUUUUACAUUGUAUCAGCAAAGAGAGCAAGCCAUUUUCAACACGUGCUGAUCAGUAAAAUUGCCCAUGACUCAACUUUUUACUCCCGAUAUAUAUCACUCAAUCCUUUUCUGAAGUAAUAUUUUCGACGCCCAUUCAUCAAAUCAAAAUGCACUGUCACAUAAAAUACGUUCCGCCUACAAAUAAUCUUGUCGUACAACUGUAGCCCAUAGAGACUCACGUGAAUUUAUUUCAUUUUGGGAUUACAUACAUUGAGUGUCAUUCGCCGUCAGCAUUCCUUCACCGGCAGCCACACGGAAACUCCAAAACACCUUCCAGUCCGUGUUACAGAAGCACACGCGUGUUUAGUGUCGCUGCCGCUUGCUAACGAGCAUGUGGCUCAUCGGUAUGCCACGCCCGACCACACGUCGCCACGGCGGCGCCAGCAAACGAGUCGACCCCUCGACGGCGCGUCUUAACAGGGAGGGCCCAGAUGAAGGACGCGCUCUACUCUCUCGUCUGGGAACAGGUGGCCUCACAGGGUGAAUUCACGCCAUGAUCAAUGGCCGCCGCGGUCCAGGCCAAACUUUUGAUGAAUUUU